AGAGAGAGAGAGAGAGAGAGAGAAUGGAAAAGAAACAGAGACAUAGUGAGAGAGAACGGUAGAGCAUCCAAACCAUCAGUCAGGUGUUUCAGGUUUCUCUCAGCUGCUCCUUUAACUUCAGUAUCCUCAUGGACUUUCUGCCGAUGAAGAAAAUCAGUAACGGAUCCUGAUGUUGUUCUGUGAUUUCUGAUGAGAUGAUGUUUUGCUGAAACAUGACAGCACACAUAAACCAGAGUCGCUCAGGUGGUGAUUAUGAAUGGCGUUAUGAGUAUUAUGAUGAUGAAGAGCCCGUGUCCUUCGAAAGCCUGAAAGCAAACAGAUACUCUAUAGUUAUCGGUUUCUGGGUUGGUCUGGCAGUGUUUGUCAUCUUCAUGUUCUUUGUCCUGACUCUUCUGACCAAAACAGGAGCAUCACAUCUGGAGAUUUCUGACCCCCGUGAAAAGCAUCAUGGUGACGGUGUGCAGAUAGAGGCCGAAUGUCCUCAGGCAUUUCCUUUACAUCCACUGUUUGACGAAACACGUUCCCUGUUUCACUUUUACAUUCACGAGGAAGAGCAAACUAAUAUCAAUAGAGAUGCUGUGAUUGGCCGAGGGAUGCGUUGUGGACGGGACCCCGUUGACAGUGUUGGACUCUGCUUGCAGGGCACAAUAAAGGAUGGCAGAAGAAACCAAGAUGACCACUUUCUGUCCAACUUCAACAUUCCGAACUUUGUCCAAUCUGAGCACAGCUCCAGCCUAGACAAUGACGACCUGCUUUUGUGUGGACCACCAGAUUGCGAAUCACCUGUCCUUAACAGUUAGCAGGACAUCAGAUUAGAGCCCAACUAUUUUUCCUGUGAUUAAUAAACAUAUACUGAUCAGAUACUAAAGACACACUUUAGAUAAACGUCCAUUAAUGAAUCAUUUAGACAAUAAGAGAGUGAUUAUGAUCUGUAAAUUGUUCACUUGAAAGUGUAUCAAAUAUCUUAAUUAGGGAUGCACAGAUAUGGAAAUUUUGGCCGAUACCGAUAACUGAAAAUUCUUUAUAUUCGGGGGGCGAUAACCGAUAUAUAUAGGCCGAUAAAUAUUCAUAUUAUUUUCACAAUGAAAAACUCCCAGACCUCGGACAUCUUGUCUUUGCGCUAGACUAGCAUACUCUUCUUAAGCCCGCAACACGUGUCAUCUUCGUGCUAUGUCACAGAAAUCACCAAUCAAAACUCCACAUGGCCAGCAAUGAGCAAGUGAAGUGGUUCAACAAACCAAAAUAAUCCAUCAUUUAUCGGCUUUCAUUUAUCUGCCUAAUUUUGCUAUCAGACAGAUAACUGAUAAUAUUAAAAAUAAGCAGUUAUCGGCCGAUAAUGAUAUGUCGGCCGAUAUAUCGUGCAUCCCUAAUCUUAAUGAUUCUGUCUUUUUUUCAACUCUGUAGAUUCACAAUAAUUUUCUGUUGUAAGAUUAGAUUUAAUUUCAGUGACUGUGUUUUUUUGUGUGUCUUAAAGAAGGUUGUUUAUUUCUGGUUCGCGAUAAACAGGACUUAAAGGUGCAGUGUGUAAAUUUUAGCGGCACCUAGUGGUGAGGCUGCGAAUUGCAACCAACUGCUCACCCCUCGCUUUGAAACGCAUAGAGAAGCUACGGUAGCUGCCACCGUAAAAACAUGUCAUUAAUGGAGACAACUUAAUAAUGGAGCAAAAAAGUUUGUCCGUUAAGGGCUUCUGUAGAAACAUGGAGGCACAAAAUGGCGACUUCCAUGUAAGGUUUAUUUAGAUAAAAACGUCUCAUUCUAAGGUAAUAAAAACAUAACGGCUCAUUAUUAAAAGGUCUUUAUACACCCCUGAUAAUAUUGUUUUGUAUAUUAUUUUGCAUUUCUGUCAAGAGAUCCUUUAAAAAAAUACACACUGCACCUUUAAUGUUGACAUCUGUUUUUCUGUUUUAAAGGUCAAUACAGCAUACGUUUUGGAUCUCGCUUUAAUGCUAUGUAUGUUUUUUGUAAAUUAGUUUAAAAAGCUAUUUGAUUUUCAUAUUGCUGCUGUAUGCAAUUUGUUGUGAUCAUUUUUUUAAAGUUGUUUGCAUACUUUUCUUAUUCCUAUUUAUUUUAAAAUAGAAGUCGUUUCUUCAGCAAAUCAAAGUUGGUGUGUAAAGCCAGCCUUGCAUUUUGAUGCCCAUAACAGGAAAUGGACCAAGGUCACAGACGACAAGGUGUAAAGAAAUAUUUCAUGUUUUUAAUAUUUUUUAUAGUCAUUUAAAUGCAACUAUUGUCAAAAAUGUCCAAAAGAACAUAUGAAACCAUCAUGCAUGCAACAAUUUCUAAGAACUAGAUUUUAAACAAAGAUAUUUUGAUAUUCUUAUUUGUCAUUGAACCAUAUAUCAAAAUAUAUUUAACAUUUUCUAUAUACAUAUUUUAUUAUGUGUUAAAAAAAUAUUUAUUUAGUGCUUUAAUACAGAAACUCUGUAAUUUUACAUAAAAUGUAAUUAUUGCCCAUUAAAGUUAACAUCCUAACAGCAUUCAAUGUUCUCUGUUAUUAUAUUCAGUGUGAGAAUAAAAUGGACAGCAUGCUAGACAACAAUGAAAUCUGUGAACAUCGCAGCUGGUAUAUCAGCUACACGUCUACAGCACUGAGUCUGACUGUUAAUGACUAAA